UUGAUUAACAAACGGAUUAUGAUACGCUCAAGAUACGGAGUUUAUCUUGCUCCGUUUCUGUCGUCAUGCUUGGUCUACCUAGUUGGGAUUGGCUUCUCCCAUUGUUAUUCUUAUCAAGCAGAAGAGUUCGAGCCCAACUACCGUAAUUGGGUCAUAUCCGUGCGAGAAAGAAGCUAUCGUGGAUUGUGCCAUACCAGCUUCUGGUAAACAGGAACUGAGCUGCCCACUUUCACAGUUACUAUCUUCCUAUCUUGGGCAAGCUGGAUUGUAGUUUGAGGAUAAGCUCUGACUUGCUUUACUCGUCUUUCUAGUUGACUGUUUUCUUAUUCUUAUAUUAUCAUCUCUUAUUCCAUACUCUGCCAGUGUUUACAUCGUAGGCGCGGACAUCCAUUUUCCAAUAAACAUCAUUUUUUGUUGGACCGAGGUCAUUUUACUCAAUGCGUCAAUCGAACUCAUACUUAGUCGCGACACAACGAUAAGAUGGAGACAAUGGAGAAUGAACAUGAAGAACAACGGAAAGAGGAACCGCAAAGGAUUUGGGGCGCAAAGGAUUCUUUAAGGAGGCACACAAAAGGUCGUAAAUCUAUUAUACUAUCUGUGUCUGAAGAAGCCCCAUUGCUGGGUAAUGAUGGAGCACGAGAGAGAGAGAGUCGUGAAGGGAAUCAGGAGGCAUUAUGGGAAGGGCAUGGUGAUUUCGCGGGGUUAACAUGGUGGCAUAAACCAUCUGUAUGUUCUCUGCUUACAAUUGUUCAAUGUAUACUAAUAUAUGUAUUUUCCAGGUAUACUGGCUCCUAUUGCCAUUCUUCCUGUUAGCUCUCGCAGUCGGUGGAAUCAUCGUACCAAAACUUAAUCUUAUCCUUGCCCUCGUAUGUCGAUCGUAUCUCGCAGAAAGAUCUUCUCAAGAUCCAAAUUUCCUAUUCACGCCUGUUUUACUUGGUUCCGAUAAUCCUCAAUGUCGAAUUCCUGAAGUACAAUCAUUAGUUACCAAAUUUACUUUGGCAAUCACUAUUAUCACUGGAAUAAUUAGCGCUAUCAUGUCCCCGUUACUUGGGGCUUGGUCUGAUCGAAAUGGAAGAAAGAAGAUUCUGGCGAUUUCUAGUCUUGGUGGUUUCUUGACAGAAAUUAUCACCAUUCUUGCCGGCAAAUAUCCGGAUACCGUUUCAUAUCAAUGGCUGCUUGCUGGUGCCGUCUUCGAUGGACUUUGCGGUUCAUUUACUGCUGGUAUGGCACUGACUCAUGCAUACGCAGCAGAUUGUACUGCACCUUCCAAGAGAGCGGUAGCUUUUGCCUACUUUCACGCAUGUUUGUUUGCUGGAGUUGCCAUUGGUCCUUUACUUGCUGCAGCAGUUUUCCACCUAACUCAAAGCUUGGUCACGGUGUUCUAUGUCGCACUUGGUAUACACACUUUUUUUAUUCUUUUCCUACUACUGGUAGUACCAGAGUCACUCACCCGGAAACGUCAAGAGGUCGCCCGUGAAAAGCAUGCUGCUGGAGGUUUACUUGUGGCCAAUCAAACUUGGCUUGGGAUGUUAAAGACCAAAAAUCCACUUGCACCUCUUAAAGUUUUGUGGCCAACCGGUGGGGGGAAUACUAAACAUGUUCGUGCGAAUCUUGUUCUACUUGCAACUGUUGACACUAUAAUUUUUGGCGUUGCUAUGGGAGUUAUGACUGUUAUGGUUUACUAUUCCGGUUACCAGUUUGGAUGGCGAACUUCAGAGACAAGUCUUUACAUGUCGGUUGUUAAUAGUACGCGAGUCUUUACGCUUAUUGCUAUCCUCCCUAUUUUUAAUUACCUCGUCCGAACUAGACCUCGCAACAGACUACGCAGAGAAUCAGGGUUCGCUAUACCAGAAAGCCAGUCUGGCGCUGAUUCGAUAGAUUUGUUUGUUGUUCGACUUUCUAUUAUCUUCGAGGUUGUAGGAUAUCUAGGAUUCACACUAGCCCGCAGCGGUCCGCUUUUUGUUGCAUCUGGAAUCAUGGCUUCGAUGGGUGGUGUGGGUUCUCCAACAUUGCAAUCAGCAUUAACCAAACACGUACCCCACGACCAAAUAGGACAGCUCUUGGGAGCCACAGGCUUGUUACAUGCGUUAGCAAGAGUCGUUUGCCCUACGAUAUUCAAUCUAAUUUAUGCUCAAACUGUUGGUACUUACCCACAAACAGUCUUCUUGGUUUUAACAGCAUGCUUCGUCUUUGCAUUCACUUUCAGUUGGUUUAUUCGACCUAACGGUAUGAUCUUUCCCCUCAAUUGUUAUAUGGAGACUAGCUGACAUACAAUAGUAUCUUUGGAAACCCCAUUCCAGAAAGUACCAAGCUCCCAAGAAGCUAACAGUAAUCAAGAUGUCAUUGUUGACGAACAGAUUACUGGUGUUUAAUCUGAUUCUGUUCUAAUAUCUCAAGUACAUAUUGUAAUUAAUGUAUGUUGUACACAUUUGGUGUUGCGCAGGAAGACCUCGUGGUUGGAUGCACGAUUUUCUUUUGUAAAGAUUCGAAUUCACAAGCUGGCGUUUUGGUAUGUGACAUGGUUGACAGCACAUAUAUGGAUGGUUCGCGUAUUGGCAGAUUUAGAUAGGAGAAUAGGCUUGGGCGGAUAUCUCCAUGGUUUCUUCUUUAUGUUUUACUACGAGGCCAUAUUAGUUGUGGUACAGUAUAGCGAAAUGGCAACUGAACAAUUGAAUCCAAGCCCGUCAAUGACUUGACAAUUUCUAUG